AAAACUAAACAUCGCCUUAUCAUUUCAUUUCCGAGCCUUCACCAAUUACCGCCAAUUGCUUCCACACUCCCCGCGAAAAUGGCAACUCUUCACUUACACAAUCUCCUGCCCAAUCCGACGUCGUUCAACUCCAAAAACGCCCCAUUUUCAACUCGGCGCAGACUGCGGUCCAACUCGGUCAGGUGCGGCGGCGAGGCAACUCAGGUGAGCAGCAGCAGCGAGACCAACCGAGUCACAGUGAGUAACGGCAACGAUUCGUUGGACAUAUGCCGAGUCCUGAACGGAAUGUGGCAGACCAGCGGCGCCUGGGGCCGAAUCGACCGAGACGACGCCGUUGAGGCCAUGCUCCGCUACGCCGACGCCGGCCUCUCCACCUUCGACAUGGCCGACCACUAUGGACCAGCUGAGGAUCUAUUUGGCAUCUUUAUCAAUCGUGUUCGUAAGGAGCGACCACCAGAAUUCUUGGAGAAGGUUAGAGGUCUCACAAAAUGGGUGCCGCCACCAGUUAAGAUGACAAGCAGUUUUGUGAGGGACAGUAUAAAUGUUUCAAGAAAGAGAAUGGAUGUGGCUUCCUUGGACAUGCUUCAGUUUCACUGGUGGGAUUACGCAAAUUCGGGUUACCUUGAUGCACUUAAACACCUUACAGAUUUGAAAGACGAAGGUAAAAUAAAGACCGUAGCUUUGACAAAUUUUGAUACCGAGAGAUUACAGAUAAUCCUAGAAAAUGAGAUUCCUGUUGUAAGCAAUCAGGUCCAACAUUCGAUUGUUGACAUGCGUCCUCAACAGCAAAUGGCAGAGCUUUGUCAGCUUACCGGAGUCAAACUUAUAACGUAUGGGACAGUAAUGGGUGGUCUAUUAUCUGAAAAGUUCCUUGACACCAACUUGUCCAUUCCGUUUGCUGGGCCUCUGUUAAACACUCCCUCCCUCCAAAAGUACAAACGGAUGGUUGAUGCCUGGGGAGGAUGGAGUCUUUUUCAAACUCUUCUUCAGACACUCAAAAGAAUUGCUUCUAAACAUGGUGUCACAAUCCCCAAUGUUGCUGUGAAAUACAUACUAGAUCAGCGAGGUGUGGCAGGAUCGAUGAUAGGUGUUAGACUCGGGUUGUCAGAACAUAUCCAAGACUCUAAUGCUGUGUUUUCACUUGCUCUUGAUGAGGAUGAUAUAAGCAGCAUAGAAGAAGUCACAAAGAAAGGGAAGAAUCUCCUUCAAGUUAUUGGUGACUGCGGAGAUGAAUAUAGGCGUUGAUAUAAAAUUCUCUUACAGUUGAAAAUCAGAAGUAAAACAACUUUGUUGUUUGUGUAUCUGUGCAUUGAUAUACCAUUCCCAUGGGAGCGUGUAGUGCAAGUCACUGUCUAUCUUGGCUAAGCCAAAAAUUAGUUUCCAGUCUCUUUGAGUU